AUGACUCCCCCAAACAGACCCAGGAACUCAUCAGCAACGCAUUCUCCAUUCAAUCGAAACUGGAACACAGCCUUCUCGCUCAAGAAGGCCCGAAGUCUAUCAAACCCACAGUCUAAUCUCUCAUUCCAGGCGUCCUGCCUAGGCAAUGACCUCGCUAAUAUAGCCCAACAACACUUCAAUGCCUACAUCAGCGGCACACCCUUAACCAAGACCAAUGCCCUCCUUACCCCUGCCCCUGCCCUUCUUCCUGUUCCCCCUCCCCCGUCACCUCCCCCUUCUCGUCCCCCUUCCGGUCUUGCCCAGUCCACAUACGCGUCUGUAACCCGAAGCCCGCCGGCCAAGAAUGCCGUAACAAAGCAAGCUGUCAGCAAUACGAAGACUGAUAGGCUUGCCACGAAGCUACCACCUCCCGACAACCGUCUUUUUGUACGCAUCCCGGAGAACCAUCUUGCCAAAAGCAUGGAUACAUUUGCGAUAUUUACUAGCCUGCGAUCCCAUCUAGACACCAAUGGAAAGCUUCUCAAAGGCGUUCAAUCUACCAAAACUGGGUUCGCCCUUCUGCCUGCCUCCGCGGAUGCCCUCUCGGCCCUAGACGCCCAAAGGGAAACCAUAGCCUCCUUCUUCAAAGACUGCCAGAUUGAACAGAGUUCCCGCUCGAUCUCCUAUCGAGUAACCAAUCGAGUAACCAAUGUGCCUAGGAAGGUUGGCCGACUCACUGGCAGUCAAUACAGUGUUGGCUUUCACGCGCGGAUUAUAAGGAAAGAUUGUUCUGAUAGUGGGAGAGGGAAAUUUUGA